AGUGGCGCGGUGGUCAUGGGUGGGGCAGGGCGGGUUGGGCGGGGAGCGCGGUGUUCGGGGGCGGCCGUCGUCGUCUGUGGGACCCCGCUGUCUGCUUCGUUGCCGCCUCGCCCCUCCUGGCUGCUGAAGGAACGGCAGGAGCGGGAGUUGGUCUUAUCCAUAGCCGCCGAUGGAGGCAGCGGGUGGUUGCGGUGAGCUCUGUGCAAGAGCACGGCCCGCUCCCCAGGCACAGCCGCAGGAGGUGGAGCCCCGCGCCGCACGCAGACGCCAGGCACAGGCCCAGCACCGCGCAGUGCUGGCCGGACUCUUCAGCAGCCUGCAAGAGACCGUGCUAUCCCAGUCAGACAGCCCGGCCUCCAAGGUGCGGGGCGAUGACUGCCUUUCUCCUAUCUGUCGCUGUCGUAAAAUGGCUUGAGGAAGGGAUCUCAAAGAUCACUUAUUUUCACCCCCCUGCUGUGGGCAGAGCUGCCACCCCUUGGGUUAGGCUGCCCGCGGCCCCGUCCGACCAGCCCUUGGGCGCCUUUAGGGACGGGGCACACGUGGGAAGGGCACGUGUCAUAGACAUGUGCUUCGGUUUAUCUGUUGGGAUCCCAAAGAAUGCCAGCAUGUACAUAAUUUCAGUCUGGGCAGAUUUCCUGGAUUCUUUCUACUUUGCAGCUGCCAGCUCAUCAUGAGCAACUUGCUCAGUAGUCUCUGUGUCAUGGGUUUAUCAUGUGGCUUGCCUGUGCUUUUCUUACGGAAUUUUUGUAGUUUCUUCUUAGCUGUGUUUUGGAUGUAAGUCAAGGGAUCCUAUGAUUUAAUGACCUUGAUUUCACAGUGUUUUGGUAGGAAAUUGGGAGGAGUGAGGUUAGGGACAGAUCAAGUUAGAAGGAAAGCACUAAUUCAUUCAACAUAUAAGGUACAUUCUGUAUCCAAUACACUGAGAGAAUAAGAUGGGGAGGGAACUCUCGCUCCUACUGUCCUCUACUAAAAUAAGAAACUACUUCUCUUAAAAAAAGAAGAAAUAAACAAAAGCACUACUAAAAAGUUGCAUAGUAUCCUGCUGAAGGUAAGGGAGGGAAUGACUAUCAGGAGUUUUCAGCUCUGCCACCAACUCAUUUAGAUUGGUCACUUUCAGUUUUCCAGAGAGGAUAGUGGCUCUACAGGAUCAUACUUGUAAAGUGCCUUAAGAUUCUAAGCAUGCAAAAUGCUGCUGUCUGGGGCUGAGGCCCUUACCCCCCAUGAAGUUUGAGGUAAGAGUUCAGUUUGCUAUACUCUGAAGGAGAUGCAAGUUAAGCUGAAGUCACCACAAACUCAGAACUAAGGCUAAACAGAUGCUUGUUUUGUCUCAUCUGACUGGACUGUCUUAAUGUACCAGUUCUUUGAACUACUCUUUGAUAGUAUCAUGUGCCCAAGACAUGACUUUGGAGGUAAGGUCCUAACUGCAAAAGUUUACUCCUAAUUCCAGUGCUUAGUGCCUUGCUAAAGUAUCUGGUGUGAAAGCUCUGCCAGAGAGACGUCCUGUCUGAGUUGCCUGGGUGGUCCCACUGAUCCUACAAAUCUAGGAGCAAUUUUAAAUGGGUGUGUUGAAAGGUAUUGGCUAUCUGUUCUUCGUUAUGCUGCAAUGAAGGAAUGAUCUACAGUGCUCAAGUUAUUUCGGCUGCCAGCAGUGCAGCUGGAGUAGAACGUGGCAAGAGCUUCUCCUAGCAAAAUUCUCAGGAGAGUUGAAUUAUAAAGUCUUACACCUAAAGCUGGUAGACGUCCAAGAGGACAUGCUACAGCAUGGUGUUUCUGGACGUGCUCCAAGAAGAUAAUGAUCCAAACAAGAACAGUUGCUGGUAAAAGAUGUGACUUAAGUAGCAAAUGGCUGUGUGACUAGGCAUUAUGUACAUGUACUGUAUAACAUAUUUAUAUUGUAGAAUAUUUAUCUUCUGAAUUUAACUUUGCUCUUAGUUCUUUCUCCUCUUCAUAAGGCUACAGGUAGCUGGUGAAACAUCACAGUCAUUUUCUCAGACACAUGAAGAUAACAGGGUCAAAAUGAAGGAAAAAAACUGAAGAAAGCAACUAAGUCUUGUUGAAACAUGAAUUCAGUCAGAGCAGAGAGCAAUCAGUUCUGUUUUCUUUUUGUGUUUAGUAUCAGGUUUUGCGUAAGGCUAAGAAAUAUAUCCAGGAGCUGGAGCAAACCUUGAGUUCUUUGCUGAAGAUGAAAGAGUCGUUCAGCCUGGAGGAUGGGAACCCGUCCAGCCUGGAGGAAGUCAGGGAAGAAUAUGUCAAGAGGCACUUCAGCAAUCACAGCACUGCGUCGCCCUCGGAAGCUGUGAGUGAGAGUGAUUCUGCUGUCUGGUAUUUGAUGCAAGAAUGUGAAAACCAAACAAUGGAAGAGGACGGAAAGCCAGGAUUUAUCCAGUACCCAGACACUUCAUCCCCAGAUCUGGUGGAAUUUGAACGGUACCUGUAUUUUUAUAAGCACACAGUAGACCUACUGAGAGAGCAUGGAAUUGUUUCCGCUGAGGAGGUACCUCUUCCUGUGGUCUCCACGGCUAUUUCACACCUCUGGCAAGAGCUUUCUGAAGAAAGAAGAGACAGCAUCUUGCAGUACUGUAGCCAGAGAGAUUUCCACCUGGGUCCUACGGAUGCUUGCCAAGAGCCUGCGUGCGCUGAUGGCGAUGUGAGGGACAGUGGAGGUAACAGUGAGGAAGCCAGUGGUUCCUUGGUCUCCACACCAGAGGAAGUAAUGUUUGAAGACGCGUUUGAUGUUGCUGCUGGUUUCCUUGAAACAAAUGAGACACAGGGAUUGUCUAGCCAGAGUUCUUCAUUUACAAGCGGCAUUUCUGAAAAUUCAGAGGAUGACCACAGACUCUAUCUGCAGAUCACUGACUUCCUAAAAAGCCUUUUCUUUGCUAAUACACACUUCUGCCAGGAAGAAGAUCUUCAGUUUGAUUAUGAGACUGUAAUGCUGAGGUGCACGGAGACCUUUGAUGAUGAAGAUUUAUAAGUAGUAUUCCUGUUUGCCAAUGUUUUGCCAAGCAUCACUGGAUACAGCAGGCAUGUGAAGAGAUUGUGCCUCUUUCAGAGGAACACCUCUCCAAUCAGAAUGGGGAAACACUGUGUUGUGGUUUGUUAUUGUUGACUUCCCUUUCCUCAUCAGUGCUUCGUAACUUACCAGUUGAGUAAUUUAUACUUUUAAACGUUUCAGGUUUAAAAUAUUUAUAAAACCUAAAGGAAGAAAUAUUUUUCUCUCUGACUUUUUAAUGCUUAACCUCAUUUCACAAAUACACUGAAGCAAUUCAGUGACCUUGCCUAAUGUGAGCUGUGGAAGAGAUGCAGAGAGGACAUGGCAACCUACGCACUCCAGACUGCUACCUGCAAAACUCACAGUGUGCCUCCCAGCAUCCUGGCAGUGACUGCUUUCCUCUACAAUUCUUUAGCCUGGGCUGGAAACAACAGAGGAAUUUCUUCACAGAGAGUGACAUGAGGCUCUUCCAUAUCUGUGAGGACAACUGUAGUGGCCACCCACUCCCAAAUCACUCAGAGAGAUGCAAAUACAAUCACAAACUCUGGAUUAUUUCUGUAAAGUGUGUAAAGUCGAAAGAGAACAAAGCCCCCUGUGCUGUUCUGCUGCAUCUUGUUCUUUGAUGAGUAGUACUGCUCAGAUGGUGUCUUGAAAUUAAAAAUGCAUUGAAGUUAAAACAGAUCAUUCACAUCUCUGAGCUGUCAUUAGCGGCUUUCUGCUGACUUGGCCAGUGUUCCAGCAGUGGCUAUAUUGAGGUCUCCCUCCUCCUACUUCCCCUCUCAUUUUAAAGUACCAUGCAUAUAUUGCUCUGGAGGGCCUGGGUUUUGGGACACGUGCUAGUUGAAAUAUGUACAGGUUUUUCAGGGGGUCUGAGGUCAGAUCAUUCUUUCCCAAGGGAAAGAAUACAAGAGACAAACGUGCAAAUGUUUGCAUGAAAUAUCCUGCGUGCCCUUCCUUACCAUUCUGUAGUUUGGUAGGAAAAUGUGUUAGUUUUUCUCAGUGUGGAAUAUACUUUGUUUACAGCUUAAAGCGUCCCUUUCAGAUUUUACAGCUUGCUGCCAUCUCCAGUUCCAUUUGCCACAUGAUAUUUGGUCAGUUUUGUUACAAAAACAAGCCUUUCACUUUUCCACCUCAGUUACUGCAUCAGUUGAGGUCAUACUUGGCAAACAUGUAGGAGAACCAUGUGAGUAGAUAACACUGAAGGAUUAACAACCUUAUUUUUAUUAGCUCUCAAUCCCCAUGCUUUGAAGACCAAUCCAGGACAGAAUUAAACAGCAGAAAUAUUGCAUUUUCAAUCGACUUUCAGCCUGUCAUGU